UAACUUAAUACUGUAUCGCAUACAGAUUUUCCACCAAAACUUUAGCCAAAGUUUCAGAUGGACCACAGGUUUAUCAAACGAAUCUUUGCACUGAUGACAGUUAUUGUGCUGAUCUUUACAAGCGCUAUUUUAUACAACGAAAUAACUACGACCACGAGUGAGAUAAGAAGAGUGAAAUAUACAGAAAGAGAGAUGCAGUACUGCGAGCAACUCCAGCAGAAGUUUUCCAUCAUCACUUCAGCCAGUACUGAAAUCAAGAACAUCACUGAGGAUCUCUUAACAUUGAUGAGGUGUCCACCAAUGUCCAAUAUCACCCAGAAAGAACUUAACAGAGUAAGACUGCGUUCCUGUUGUAAUGCAACAGGUGUUUUAUACUACACAAAGCAGAACACAGCUGUCAAUCAAAGUGUUCCAUAUGAGACAAGCUCAAAACGGACAUAUCAAAUAAAUGAGGAACUUCACGACAUGCUUCCUAAGGAUUUUCCCUGGAGUAAACAGCCUAUUAGUCACUGUGCUGUGGUUGGGAGUGGAGGGAUUCUGAAGAACAGUAGCUGUGGAAGAGAGAUCGACACUGCAGACUAUGUUAUCAGGUUUAACAUGGCUCCCAUUAAUGACAGUGAUGUUGGGCUAAAGACUGAUUUACUCACCAUUAAUCCUAGUCAGCUCACACGUGAGAUAAGAAGAGUGAAAUAUACAGAAAGAGAGAUGCAGUACUGCAAGCAACUCCGUCACAAGUUUUCUAACAUCACUUCAACCAGUAUUGAAAUCAAGAACAUCACUGAGGAUCUUUUAACAUUGAUGAAGUGUCCACCAAUGUCCAAUAUUACCCAGAAAGAACUUAACAGAGUAAGACUGCGUUCCUGUUGUAACGCAACAUGUGGUUUAUACUACACAAAGCAGAACACAGCUGUCAAUCAAAGUGUUCCAUAUGAGACGAGCUCAAAACGGACAUAUCAAAUAAAUGAGGAACUACAUGACAUGCUUCCUGAGGAUUUUCCCUGGAGUAAACAGAUUAUUAGUCACUGUGCUGUGGUUGGGAGUGGAGGGAUUCUGAAGAACAGUAGCUGUGGAAGAGAGAUCGACACUGCAGACUAUGUUAUCAGGUUUAACAUGGCUCCCAUUAAUGACAGUGAUGUUGGGCUAAAGACUGAUUUACUCACCAUUAAUCCUAGUCAGCUCACAAGCUACAAAUCUUUGAAGUCUAAUCCAGGUCCAUUAGUGGAGCGUGUGAGCGUGUAUGGUAACUCUUCAAUCAUCGUUCCAGCCUUUGCAUAUGCACCCAACACUCAACUAUCCGUCAAUACGCUCAAAGUGCUUCAGUCAAUCCGACCUCAACAACAGAUGGUUUUCUUCUCCACCAGUUACCUGAAGAACCUGAGUGGUUUCUGGAAGGGGCAUGGCCUGAAAGCCGUUCGUCUCUCCACCGGGUUCAUGUUAAUUAAUGUGGCACUAGAGGUGUGUGAUCACGUGCACGUUUAUGGAUUCUGGCCAUUUGACACCAAUCUGGAGCAGCAGGAAAUUCCACAUCACUAUUUUGACAAUGUAGGACCCAAACAUGGCGUUCACGCAAUGCCAAUAGAGUUUCUCAACUUGCUGAAGCUUCACAGCCAGGGGGCGCUAACACUGCACCUACAGCCCUGCUUAUAACAGAGGUUUUCCUGUUGAAUUUGAAUGUACUGUAUUAUUUAAUGGUUGGUUGGUGAGGAGGGAUGCUGUGAAUGUUUGUUACUUUUGAUCUGCUCUUUGGUCUAUAAAACAGUUUAAAUAUUUUCUAUUUUGAAUUGUGAACUUGGACAAUUAACUCCUAUAUAUUUAAAUAAAUCAAUUUGGGGUUAUCUUCUGUUGCA